UUUUUUUUUUUUUGAGGUUAUUGUCAAAUAUGUUUACCGAAGAAGAGUUUAAAGACAUGGAAGGAUUGAAAAGAGGGUCAGGUUUCCUUGAGGUUAAGUGUAGGUGCACCAGCAAAAAAUAUGGUGAUACCAUUGGGAGGCUUAGGGUUUUCACCAGUGGCCAAUUUCUGAUAUCCUGCGAAUGCACUCCAGCUUGCGACGAAGAGAAAUUGACGCCUUAUGAUUUCGAAAAACAUUCUGGGAAAGAAGGGACCAGGAAAUGGAAGAGCCACAUUUGGGUGGUGAUGAAGAAUAAGAAGGUUCCUUUAUGGAGGACUGCUCUUCUGAAAUACUACAAACAUGCAGCAAACGGAGCCAACGAGCUAAAUAGCUUGCGAGCCAAGCGCCUUUUCCAUCGUGACGAGUUCAUUCGUUGCACCAGGUGCAAGAAAGAACGCCGGUUUCGGCUCCGGACCAACGAGGAAUGUCGUGUUUACCAUGAUGCUUUGAAUGCAAGGAGGUGGAGGUGUACUAACUGGCCGUACGACAAAAUCACCUGCAAAGAUGAAGAAGAACGAGCAAGCAGGAAGUGUUGCAGGGGCUGCCCUCAAUCUCCGACGUGCAAAGGUUGUACUACUUGUGUCUGUUUCGGCUGCCUCAAGUGCCGUUUUCUUGAUUGCAAGUAUCGCACUUGCGUCGACUUUUCUAAAUGA